GUGAUUACGGAUUUGGAGGAGCAGCUGAACCAGCUCAGUGAAGACAACGCAGAACUGAACAACCAGAAUUUCUUCCUGUCCAAACAACUUGAUGAGGCCACUGGGGCCAGUGAUGAGGUUGUCCAGCUGCGAAGUGAAGUUGACCAUCUCCGUCGGGAGAUCACCGAGAGAGAAAUGCAGCUUACCAGUCAGAAACAAACUAUGGAGGCCUUGAAGACAACAUGUACAAUGCUGGAAGAGCAAGUAAUGGACUUGGAGGCCCUGAAUGAUGAACUCCUGGAGAAAGAGCGUCAGUGGGAAGCAUGGAGAAACGUUCUAGGGGAUGAGAAGUCCCAGUUUGAAUGUCGAGUUAGGGAGUUGCAGAGGAUGCUGGAUACUGAGAAGCAGAGCAGAGUGAGAGCAGAUCAGCGUAUUACUGAAUCUCGCCAGGUGGUAGAACUGGCUGUCAAAGAACACAAGGCAGAGAUUCUAGCCCUCCAGCAAGCACUAAAGGAACAAAAACUCAAAGCUGAGAGCCUUUCUGAUAAGCUCAAUGACCUGGAGAAGAAGCAUGCUAUGUUGGAAAUGAAUGCACGCAGCUUGCAACAGAAGCUUGAGACAGAAAGGGAGCUCAAGCAGAGGCUUCUGGAGGAGCAGGCAAAGCUGCAGCAGCAAAUGGAUCUGCAAAAGAAUCACAUCUUCCGCCUAACUCAAGGUCUGCAAGAGGCUCUAGAUCGAGCAGAUCUUCUGAAGACUGAAAGAAGUGACCUGGAAUAUCAGCUGGAAAACAUUCAGGUUCUCUAUUCCCAUGAAAAAGUGAAAAUGGAGGGCACUAUUUCUCAGCAAACCAAACUCAUCGAUUUCCUGCAGGCGAAGAUGGACCAACCAGCGAAAAAGAAAAAGGGCCUGUUUAGUCGGCGGAAAGAGGACCCUUCUUUACCCACACAGGUUCCCCUGCAAUACAAUGAGCUGAAAGUGGCACUGGAGAAGGAGAAGGCUCGUUCUGCUGAGCUGGAGGAGGCUCUACAGAAAACACGCAUUGAACUCAGAUCUGCUCGUGAAGAAGCUGCUCAUCGGAAAAUAUCAGACCACCCUCAUCCAUCCACUCCAGCCACAGCCAGGCAGCAGAUCAUCAUGUCUGCCAUAGUCCGCUCACCGGAGCAUCAGCCCACUCCGAUCAGUUUGCUAGCCCCGCCCUCCAGUCGCAGGAAGGAAUCCUCCACGCCAGAGGAGUACAGCCGACGCCUGAAAGAGCGAAUGCAUCAUAAUAUUCCACAUCGUUUUAACGUGGGGCUAAAUAUGAGAGCAACAAAAUGUGCGGUGUGUCUUGAUACUGUGCACUUUGGACGGCAAGCAUCUAAAUGUCUUGAAUGCCAGGUGAUGUGUCACCCAAAAUGCUCAACUUGCUUGCCAGCUACUUGUGGACUGCCAGCAGAAUAUGCCACGCACUUCUCUGAAGCAUUCUGCCGGGAUAAAAUGAAUUCUCCUGGUCUGCAGCUGAAGGAGCCAAGCAGCAGUCUACGUCUUGAGGGAUGGAUGAAAGUGCCAAGGAAUAAUAAACGCGGGCAACAGGGCUGGGACAGGAAGUAUAUUGUCCUGGAGGGAACGAAAGUGCUCAUUUAUGAUGCAGAAGCGAGAGAAGCUGGACAGAGGCCCCUGGAGGAAUUUGAGCUCUGCCUUCCUGAUGGCGAUGUAACUGUUCAUGGAGCUGUAGGAGCCUCUGAACUUACCAAUACAGCAAAGACAGAUGUGCCAUAUAUCCUAAAAUUGGAGUCUCAUCCACACACCACUUGCUGGCCUGGUAGAACACUCUACCUGUUAGCACCCAGCUUCCCUGACAAACAGCGCUGGGUCACAGCACUGGAAUCAGUAGUGGCAGGUGGGAGAGUUUCCAGAGAAAAAGCUGAGGCUGAUGCUAAAUUGCUGGGAAACUCUCUGCUGAAGCUGGAGGGUGAAGACCGUUUGGAUAUAAAUUGCACAAUGCCCUUCAGUGACCAGGUGGUACUGGUGGGUGCAGAAGAAGGUCUCUAUGCUCUGAAUGUACUGAAGAAUUCCUUAACGCACAUCCCAGGAAUGGGUGCUGUCUUCCAAAUUCACCUCAUCAAGGAUCUGGAGAAGCUACUCAUGAUAGCAGGAGAAGAAAGGGCUCUGUGUCUUGUUGAUGUAAAGAAAGUGAAGCAAUCUCUAGCCCAGUCUCACCUCCCAGCCCAGCCCGACGUCUCACCAAAUGUCUUUGAGGCUGUCAAAGGAUGUCACCUUUUUGCUGCUGGCAAGGUUGAGAAUGGUCUUUGUAUCUGUGCAGCCAUGCCCAAUAAAGUGGUGGUUCUGCGAUACAAUGAGAGCUUGAGCAAGUUCUGUAUCAGAAAGGAGAUCGAAACCUCUGAGCCUUGCAGCUGCAUCCAUUUGACCUCUUACAGCAUCAUCAUUGGAACCAACAAGUUCUAUGAAAUUGAGAUGAAGCAGUAUACGCUGGAGGAGUUUCUGGAUAAAAAUGACCACACUUUGGCCUCUGCUGUGUUUGCUGCUUCCACCAACAGUUUUCCAGUCAGCAUCAUCCAAGUGAACCCAACGGGGCAGAGGGAGGAGUAUCUGCUGUGUUUCCAUGAGUUUGGUGUCUUUGUGGAUUCCUAUGGAAGACGCAGUAGGACAGAUGACCUGAAAUGGAAUCGCUUGCCCUUGGCUUUUGCCUACAGGGAGCCCUAUCUGUUUGUGACCCAUUUCAAUUCCCUUGAAGUCAUUGAGAUUCAGGCACGAGCUUCUCUGGGAACUCCUGCACGAGCCCACUUGGAGAUACCAAACCCACGGUAUCUAGGGCCUGCAAUUUCAUCGGGCGCUAUCUACUUGGCCUCCUCCUACCAGGACAAAUUAAGGGUGAUUUGCUGUAAGGGGAAUCUAGUGAAGGAGACCAACAAUGAGCAGCACCACAGAGGAUCUUCUGCUACACGCAGCAGCCCUAACAAGAGAGGUCCGCCCACAUACAACGAGCACAUAACCAAGCGGGUAGCAUCAAGCCCAGGACCACCGGAAGGUCCAAGCCACCCUCGAGAACCAAGCACACCACAUCGGUACCGCGAGGGAAGGACGGAGCUGCGGAGGGACAAGUCACCUGGGCGACCACUGGAGAGGGAGAAAUCUCCAGGCCGGCUUCUGAGCACCCGCAGAGAAAGGUCCCCUGGCAGACUGUUCGACGAGAGCAGCCGAGGCCGAAUGCCUGUGAGUGGUGCCAGAACUCCUCUUGCUCAAGUCAAUAAGGUCUGGGACCAGUCUUCAGUGUAAGUCUCAGCUAGACAAAGUUACUCAUCUUGACCUGCAGG